GUUGAUUACACGAAUCCGAGACUCUUCUUCGCGUGGAUCUGUUUCAGACGAUCGUGAUCUGGAAUAUUAUCUCGUGUCCGUUUUUUUUUUUUUGUUUUAAGGAUGUCUAAUUUGUAUGGAGAUUACAACCAAAAGAUCGAUUACGUGUUUAAAGUCGUCUUGAUCGGUGAUUCCGCGGUCGGAAAAACACAGCUGCUUGCUCGGUUCGCUAGGAAUGAGUUUAGUGUCGAUUCUAAAGCCACCAUCGGUGUUGAGUUCCAGACUAAAACGCUCGUUAUCGAUAACAAAACCGUCAAAGCUCAGAUUUGGGAUACUGCUGGCCAAGAAAGGUACCGGGCGGUGACAAGCGCAUACUACCGUGGAGCUGUUGGGGCAAUGUUGGUCUACGACAUGACCAAACGUCAAUCAUUUGAUCACAUGGCUAAAUGGCUAGAAGAGUUAAGAGGGCACGCGGACAAAAACAUAGUGAUUAUGCUAAUCGGAAACAAAUGCGAUCUCGGAAGCCUAAGAGCAGUGCCAACAGAAGACGCACAAGAGUUUGCACAAAGAGAAAACUUGUUCUUCAUGGAAACCUCGGCUCUCGAAGCUACCAAUGUCGAAACCGCGUUUUUGACCAUCUUAACAGAGAUUUAUCGUAUAAUCAGCAAGAAAUCACUGACGGUUGAUGAUGAUGACGCCGAUGGGAACUCGAGUCUCUUGAAGGGGACUAGGAUUAUCAUUCCGAGCGAGGAGGAAAGUGGGAAGAGAGGUGGAUGUUGCGGCAAAACGUAACUCCAAAGACAAAAGACAAAAGAUUACAUUCUUUUUUUUUUGUUGGGUUUCUUAUUGUUUUUUGUUCA